CAGGUUCUGGCUGUGACAUGCGAUAAUGCGUCUGCUAACGACGCGAUGGUAUACCAUCUCAAGACGGAGCUUGACGGAUUUUCGCGUGCCGGAGGCCACAUCCGCUGCUUCUGUCACAUCAUUCAGCUGGUGAGCAAGGCGCUGAUGAAGCAUUUCGAC